AUGGAUUCUGACCUGGAAGAGUUCAGCCAAGAUCGCCGGUACCGGCCCAAGGACGUUAUCACCCUCUCCAGCAGCACGCACUUCUCGCCGCACGAGGUGAAGCGCAUCUACCGCGGCUUCAAGGUCGAGUGUCCCAUGGGCGUGGUCGGCGAGGACGACUUCAAGGAGAUCUACUCGCGGUUCUUUCCCAGGCAAUCAAACUCCAGCUUGUAUGCCCACUACGUGUUCAACACAUUUGAUGUGGAUUCUGCCGACCCGGUGAUCACCUUCGAGGAGUUUUUGAAGUGGUUAUCCCGACUAUGCCGGGGCACGGUAGAAGAGAAGCUGCGCUGGAUGUUCCGCCUGUACGACAUCAACAACGACGGCAGGAUCACCCGCGGGGAGAUGACGUCAGUGUUCAUCAGCAUCUACGCCCUGCUGGGGGGUGUCACGCUGGGCAUGCUCCAGGACGACUCGGUCGUCUCCACAAAAGUAGACGACGUCUUUCAGAGGAUGGACACAAACCGGGACGGUGUAGUGACCCUGGACGAGUUCCUCGACUUCUGCUCGUCCGACCAGACAGUGCUGCACUCGCUCUCACAGCUCACCACCGUACUAUGA